UCUCUCCGAGCUGUCAGUGAACGCCUCUCUCAUCCUCUCCACACCCAGAACGAGAGCGCGCUGCCAGUGGAGAAACAUCCCCAGCUCGAGCACGUUACGUCGGCUUGUCAACGAGGAGAAACCGCGGAAGCAUCCGCUUUAUCAUCCGAAGAUUAUGGCGAAAGUCGCCGUAUCUUUUUUGCUCUUUUGGCUCGUCUCUGGUCGCUGCUGCGCUCUCGCCGGAAAAGUCAACAAGCACAAACCGUGGAUAGAAGCUUCUUACCAUGGCGUGAUCACGGAGAACAUGGGUACUGUGCUGUUGGACCCUCCGCUGGUAGCUCUGGACAAGGAUGCGCCAGUCCCCUAUGCAGGUGAAAUUUGCGCUUUUAAGAUUUAUGGCCAGGACGUUCCCUUCGAGGCGGUGGUGUUGAAUCGCACCUCGGGAGAGGGCGUACUGCGGUCCAGUGGCCCCGUGGACUGCGAGAGCCAGAAAGAAUACACAUUUAUUAUCCAAGCCUACGACUGCGGAACUGGACCCACCGGGGCCGAUUGGAAGAAAUCCCACAAGGCUGUGGUUCACAUUCAAGUAGAUGACGUCAAUGAGUUCUGCCCGGUGUUUCGAGAGCCUCUAUACAAGGCUUCAGUCAUUGAAGGCAAGAUCUAUGACAGCAUUUUGCAGGUGGAGGCUUGGGACCAGGAUUGUUCCCCACAGUACAGCCAGAUUUGCAACUAUGAGAUUGUCACUGCUGGCACACCGUUUGCUAUAGACCGCAAUGGAAAUAUCCGAAACACGGAGCGACUGAGCUACGACAAACAGCAGAGCUACAAGAUCAUGGUGACGGCCUUUGACUGUGGUCAGAAGACAGCAAAGGACAAUGUGGCCGUGCAUAUUGAUGUCAAGCCUGUCUGCAAAGCGGGAUGGCAAGGCUGGAACAAGCGUGUGGACUACGAACCUGGCACUGGAAGCAAGCCGCUCUUUCCGAAGCUACACUUGGAAACAUGCGGAGGACCCUUAUCGGGCAUAAAGGUGAUGGUGGAGCUGCAAACCAGUCACAUCGGGAAGGGUUGCGACAGGGAAACGUACUCCGAGAAGUCUCUGCAAAAACUGUGUGGUGCAGCAUCAGGCAGCACAGACCUUCUCCCCGCUCCGAGCACAUCCACUAACUGGACUUCGUCUCUCGUGACGGACAGUACGCGCGACAGUGACCUCAUCUACAGAUUUGAUGGUCACCAGGCAGCCAAUAUUCCUGAUCACGUGGUGCCCCAAAACCUGACGGAUCAGUUCACUAUCGCCACGUGGAUGAAACACGGUCCAAGUCCGGGACUCCGAGCUGAGAAGGAAACGCUACUGUGCAACUCUGACAAAACUGAAAUGAACCGCCACCAUUAUUCUCUCUACAUUCACAACUGCCGCCUGGUCUUCCUGCUUCGAAGAGAUUUCAGCCAGCUCGAUACUUUCAGACCCGCUGAAUUCCACUGGAAGCUGGAGCAGAUCUGUGACAAAGAGUGGCACUAUUAUGUGAUCAAUGUGGAGUUUCCAGCUGUGACUCUCUUUGUGGAUGGAGUGACCUAUGAACCCUACCUGGUGACAGACGAUUGGCCAAUCCAUGCCUCCGAAAUCGAUACGCAGCUGACUUUGGGCGCCUGCUGGCAAGGUGGUGAGGUAGCGACUCCGAGGUUCACCCAGUAUUUCCACGGCAGCCUGUCGGGCCUGACGAUCCGGCCGGGCCGCAUUGAAACCCAGAAGGUUAUCUCCUGCUUGCAGGCCUGCAAAGAAGGUCUUGACAUUAACUCCCUUGAAAGCCUGGCUAAGGACAUCAAGUUCCAUUUUAACCCUGCACAGUCCAUGCUGGUAGUGGAAGGAGAGGAUCUGGACAGUAUCAACACAGCCAUGACCAAGGUGUCCUACAUUAACUCUCGUCAGUUUCCCACGCCAGGCCUGCGACGCCUUCACAUCAGCACCACCGUACUAUGUUUCGGGGAGGAGGCGUGUCUCUCCGUCCCCGACGUCAGGGCGGUCGUCAUGGUUCAACCCCCCAGCGAACCCCGAAUCACCAUCACUGGUUCCGAUCGGCUGGUCAGGCCUGCCGCUGACCUUCGCGCUCCCUUGGGCGUGGCGCCUUUCAAGGAGCUUUCCAUCACCAGUACCGUCAUGAAGGGGGACGGCUUCAGCAGAUCCCGCAGGCCAGGUGUGAUGGAGGUGAUGCAUAACCUGGACUACUGUGAUAUCCUGGUGAUUGGAGACGAGCUGAAUCCAGAGAGAGAGAGCCUGAAUAUUCAUCACAGCGCUCUGCUAGGAAAACACCUGGACGCCACCAACUCCACCACAGGAAUAUCAAUAUAUGGUGUGGACUCCAUGGCCCACUACGAGCAGGCACUGCGUCAAGUGCGCUACAGGAACUGGCGACCCGCCACGCUGACCGACAGAAGGUUCCGACUCACCUGCUCGGAACUGAACGGCCGUUACACCAGCAAUGAAUUCAUCUUGGAGGUCAGCGUCCUUCACCACGCAAAGCCUGUUGAGCAUGUUAAUCACGUGGCCGCUCAGCCGCAGUACUUGAAAGCUGUUCAUCACCCACUCAUGAUACACACUUCCAAUUCCCAUAUCUCAGGACCAGCACCUCCAGCUGCCACCGUUGUUAUUGUGGUGUGCAUCGCCGCCCUGGUGGUUAUCGUGGUUAUUGGCGUGUACAGAAUCCAUGCGACUCAUCAGGAGGGCUCCAGAGAGGAAGAAGAUGACGGUAAAGAGCCUGAAGAGGAAUGGGACAAGUCUGCACUCAACAUCACUGUCAACCCUAUGGAGAAUGUGAGAGGAGCUCACAUGCUGAGUGAAGAAGCCGGCGAAGAUCUGUGGAGGGAGGAUGAAAAACACGUGGGAGGAAUGGCAAAUGCGGAGACGGAUAACAGCGAUGACGACGAGGACGACGACGACGAGGAAGAAGAGGGCGAGAAGGAGAGGAAGCUCAAGUGGCACAGGUCCUCCACAACAUACUGAGCGCACAGGCCAGCAUAAUUUUGCCGCACAUUUACUGUACACAACACAGGUCUCUCUUUCUCCAGUUCUCGCUUCCCCUUGCUGUCAUUUCCGAGCAAACAUUCCCCUCUGCUGGACAAAGAUUUAACUACAGUCUAACGCAUUGUCAUUGAAGGUGGUAGUCGAACCAGAUCAACUGUGUUUACACUGACUACACAUUAACCUUGCCAUAUAAACACUUGCAACACUCAAACCAAACAUCAUCAACCUUCCUACUGUUGUAGAAAUUAAAUUAACUCAUUGACGGCAAUCUUUGUUCUUCAGCGUGACAUGAGAGACCGGAAGUAGCUCAACUUUGGCUUCUAGAAUAGUUGGUAACACUCUUGUCGAGUUAGCGUGUGUCCUUAUUUUCACCAAUAAAGGGAAAGACAACACCUCGUAUAACUGACCUUCAAUUUGACUCGUUGGCGGUCAUAGGCAUCCAAUUCAUUUGAACUGAAAAAAAUAAAAGUAACGAAAAGUAGGACAACUUAAUUGCAAGUUAACUAUGGAAAAAUGUGACAAAAUUGCGAUUAAUCCUAAAUUAAGUAUUCACUAUGGGACUAAUUUGUGGUUAAACGGGAAGUGACUAUUAUAAAAUUGGGACUACUUUGCAAACAUUUUUUUGUUAACACAUUGGCUGCCAUUGAAGGUAUAGACAUCUAAUCCAUUGAACUGGGAGGGUUAGCAGCAAUGGCACUGAAAAAGUCAACUAUUGAAAAAUGGGCUAUUAAUCAUGUGUUGACUUAAAAAAAAGAGAAAAAAAAAUCAUCAUGAGCUAGCUCAUCAAAAAAUGCAAUUAAUCCUAAAUCGACUAAAAAAAAAAAAAAAAAAAAUCACGAUUAAUUGCGAGUGGACUAUUAAAAUUUGUGACAAAUUAAAGAUUAAUCGUUAGUUAACCAGAAAAAAAUGGGGCAAUUUUUUUAUUUAUAAUAACUUGACCAAUGGAAAAAAGUUCCAACAAAUUUACAAUUAAUGGUCAGUCAACUCUUUAAGUUUUUUGAAAAAUGAGCGAUUAAUUGUGAGUUAACUAGUAAAACAUGGGCAAAUUUUGCGAGGAAUUAAAAAAAAAAAGAUUUAACCUUUCAAAAAGUGCAAUGAAUAGUUAAGGUUAAAAAAAUGCAACAUAUUUGCGAUUUAUCGCACAUCAACUAUUAAAACUAAAUGUUAACCACACAAAAUAAUUAUUAUUCAUCUAUAAUUGAAGCUGGAUUUUGAAAAAUUAGGUAAUAAUUAUUUUUUGAAAAUCAAACUACAGUUGUACCUCAACAUACGAACGCUUCGACACACAAUGUUUUCGACACUCAACGUAAAAUUUGACUCGCCAUUUGUUUCUACAUCUGACAUCAUAUGUCACAUAUGACAGCGCCGCAGUUUGUUUUCCCGCAAGACCAACACAUGGAGGAUUUUCUUCUUCAAGAAUUUUUGUGCAGGUGGUGAAAAAAAUAUAAAGGUGAGGCUUACCGUUGAAUUGAAGAUGGAAAUGAUAGAAAAAUAUGGGCGUGGUGUGCCGUCCAUGAACUGGCUCACCCAUACGGCUGUAGAAUGUCUACGAUCUCGAUGGUCCUCCCGGAGACCUCCGUUUGCCAGUGGUAACAUCGCCAAAAAACCACCAGCUUCGUCAAGUUUUUAAUCAUUUAUUUCAGAACUUGUGCAACACAACAUUCCUACUGUCUGCUGCAGCUGAACAAAAUGAAAGUAAAAUGUCCUCUCUCACUCUGUCAAGUCAACCACGCGGUGCGUUUAGUAGGGGUGUGCCAUCUUAGGCACCCCACAUUCGAUUCAAUUACAAUUCAGGGUGCUACGAUUCGAUUAUUGAACGAUGAUGACGAUAUUGACGAUGAUCACAGUUAUCACGGUAAGCGAUGCAUCGUACAUUACUAAUUAAUUAAGUAGCCAGACAAAUUUAUGUCCAUUAUUUAAUUAAAAUUAUCCUAAUGAUUCAACAGGAAUGAUGGAAACAUGCCCAUACAACAAAAAGCUCCCAUUAAACUGCUUUUUUUUUUUUUUUUUUUUUUAAAUAACUAAAAUGCAAAAUCAUUAACCAUUUUAAAGGCAGUGCUUAUUUCUCAACAUGUCUAUACAAAACAAAAUGCUCUUUUUCACCAGAAGCUGCAAAAACAUUAGCUGUUUCAAACAGCAGUACUUAUUUCUCUCAACAAUACAAUUAAAUUUACACUGGUGGAAUGGAUUUUCCAAAUUUUCUGGAAACAAACAAAGUGUCUUUAGAAAUAAGACAUCUUUUAACCAAUUUACUUUUUUCCCACAGAUUUCUGUACUAUUUCGCAUUUUUGUAGUGUUACCGCUGCACUUAAUCCUGGUUUUACACGUUCUGCAUCUGGAAAAACUUUUGUACACCACCAAACAAUGUACAACUUGACAUGGAAAUAAAAAUCGCUUAUUCCAUAGCACUCGGCGCUAAUUAGUAACAUCUCAAAAACAACAACAAAAAAGGCUAAACAGUACAAGAGGGUUUGUGUACUCACCUCUGAUAGAUGGGCAAGGGACUUAGCAAAACAUUAAGGACUUUUUCCAAUUAACUCAUUCACUCCCAGCCAUUUUCACCGGAGCAACCCCUUUCGCUCCCGGCCGUUUUAAUGGAUUUUGACUGAUUUGCAAGGCCCACAUAAAAUUCUGUUCUAUUGCUAUAUAAACCCACCAAAAGAAAGAUUAGACUCUCUUCUUUAAGCAGGAAAAAAGUAAGUUCAUAUCUUUAGUCAUUCUUUAGACAUCAGCAUUAGAAAACAGCUUAGUUUGAGCAAUUUUCAAAUUUCUGAUGAAAAAAAUAGAGAAAUUUAGCUUUUUGUAAAAGCAUACAUUUCAAACAUAACUUUGACUUUAACACAGCUAUUUUUUGCUUUAGUUACAUCCCAAACAUCUAAAUAAUGUUUUCCUUCUACGAAAUAACAUAAACAUCUAGUCAAAUAGAGCUUUUGAUAGCAAAGUAACAAUUUAUUUACACAUAACUAAGCUACUGAACUGAGAAAUGAGGCUGUUGUGGCCGCGGCAGACGGGGUAAAUUUUUCCCUCAUCACCGCCUGUCUGUCUCAUCAAGAUAGAUUUUUUUGAAUAUUUCUUUGUAGUGACCACUACCUCAUAACAUAAUUCACCUAGGGAACUUGUGUGGGGCAUGUGCCUUGUGUUUACAUCGUUCUCCACAUUUUUCUCACGCUUCUUACUUCUUCCAACUUCUGUUUCCUGACUAUUUCUAUUCAUUUAUUUCCUUUCAUGGUCCGAUACGAGUUCUUACCAAAUGCGCUACUGCCCUCCAGUGACCACUUUUAUUGCUUUAAAAUGGAUUUUGAGCGUUGUGCUUUGGAGCGAACUUGCAUCAGAACCUUGAGAUGUCUCUUGUGAAAACAAACGUAAAAGACAUAUAUAUACGUUUUUGGGACACUGAAACAAUUAAAAAUAGAACGUAUUUAUAUGUUUUUGGUAGCAAAUGAGUUAACAUGACUUGAACCUACUGCUGGACAACUGAAAGACAAGGAGCAACAAACUAUCUCUCUUCCCCUCUCCCUUUAAAAAAUAACUUGUGCAUAGAAGCGCGACCGCGGGGUCCCUGCCUGCCUCAUUGCCUCAAAAACCAUCAUACUGCUUCGGUUGCCAUUUUUGGGAGCAAGAGCCCCGCCACACUCAUACACAAAUUUACUUUGCAGUCUUUUGAAAAGGAGUAAAUCUCUCGCUCAGUAACCAGAAGCAUCCAUCAUAACGUUGUGCGUGCGUCCGUUAAAAAUGUCCGGGCGGCAUACGUGCCUAGAAUUUCAGUCCGCUACGAGCGGCUGUCAUAAAGUUAUUAGGGAAAAUCAUCGUUCUUGAACAUUUAUGAAUUGUAAUCGAAUCGUCACGUGUCGAAUCGCGAUGCACCUAAUAAUCUUUUUUUUGACACUCCCUUAGCAUUCAGGUACACCAUGCAAAAAACAUCCGCCACAUUAGAACCUGAUUCGUUACAUUAGUAUUAUUAUAGGUAUUAUUAUUAUUACAUUAUUAUUCUGAUUUUUAUUCAUAAGUUAUUUGUUUUGCUCUGUGUAAUUGUUAUUUGCAACAGUACCAGCAGCAUUUAUUAAGGAUUUAGUGUAGGUUUUCAGGCUGUGGAACGAAUUAAUGGAAUUAUAAAGUAUUCAUUUGGGAAAAUCCUGCUCGACAAAUCCAGUUCGACUUACAAACAAGGUCCUGGAACGAAUUAACUUCGUAUGUAGAGGUACCUCUGUAUUUUAAAGCACACACACUCCAUUGACGCAAAAUGGCCGACAAGAAAGAACGCUAGUGCCUAAACGACAUCUCAUUUUGUAUGCAGUACUGGAUAUGAUAUCGACAAAUACAUCUCUGACAAAUAUUGGCUUUUUUUCUAAAUAGUUUUUUCAAUUUAUCAAACACGAUUCUUUCUUCUGGGAUUCCCUUGAUUAAGAUGUUGUCUUUCCCUUUCAGAUGAAAGUUGAAACCCUUUGUGCACUUAACAGUAGCUCCAAAACAUCCCUUUGCAUGACUACUUGUAAAGACAUUUUUUUGGGCAUUUGUAAAAUACUGCGGUUUUUAUAAACAACAUUGAAAAUGAAAAUGGGACAAUGAAAAGUUUCAUUUGCUCAUAAUUGGGUUGUAAAAAUCAUCUUUCACCAUUGAAAUGAAUGAAAAUGUUACCCCCCACACCCCCCAAAAAAGUACUAAAUAUUUAGAAUGUGUUAUUUAAAAAUAAUAUUAAGUUUAAUAAUGAUAGACUACAUAUUGUGCUGCUUCUGGUGUACCCGCCUUGGCCAACUGGGGGCAGUAUAAUUAAGACAUAAAAAUAUAUACAUGGAGAUUGAUAGUUAUUCGUUCAACGCAGAGGAUAAAGAAUCUAUGCCCAGUGUUAUAACAACUGCCUACCCGUCGUGUUCAAAUAUCCAUUGUAACACUGUUGUUUUACGUUGCGUGUUAACAUCAAUUGCUUAACUCAUAGGCUUCCAUUGGCGGCAAUGGACGUCAAAUCCAUUUGAACUGCGAUCUUUCGCUACCACACUCUCUUAGUUCAUACAGAUUGGACUUCUAUUUUCGCUCCAGUGCCUCAGAUAAGAAAAUAAUUUGUUUUUGUGUCAAAAAGACUUCCAUGAGAAGUGAGUUUUCCCUCUAAUAACAAAAUAAUAAUAAUAAAUCCCAAACAUUUCCAUACCAUAAUAAUCCAUUCUGAAUAGUUCUCCCUUUUCUCGUGGACUCGUGGCCGGGUUGUGAUGUCAUCCUUGUGAAACAUUUGUCAUGUUAUGUGCUUCUGACAGAGCAAAGAAUUCAUUUACAUACACACAGAAGUUAAAAUUGUAAAGAAGGCGUUAUGAAUAAUUCUUUUAUAUAUUAUUGUUUUUCUUAUUUGUGAACAAAUGGUUGAGAUUUCUCCCUUGUAGUGGUCAUCCCACUGCUUAUUGUAUAUUGACCAAUAAAGACUUUAGAAUCUAUAUUUGUGUGUCUAAGUCUUUUUAAAACAAUGGUGAAUGAUUGCGUAUAACACUCUAUAACAAUUUACAAACAUAUCCAAGUUGUAUCAUCCCUUGAUUCAUUUUUUAGUUAUCCUGAACACAAACAGAACUGAAUCCCAUAAAUCGACACGUGCAGAUAAAAAUAAAACACUUGAAGAAGGGCGGACUGACAUACGGGCAUACUGGGAUUCCCGGUAGGCCAGUGCGCCCAUGGUCAAAUGAGCGGACCCCAAAUUAGCGUGCCCGUGUAAUCCAAGCAUUAAGGUAAAUUCGGUGAGCAGCAAGGUAGUUAGUUGUCUUCCGUGGGCUCGCAUUGUUCAACACUCUAAAAUGUAUAACGCCUCCAUUGUCAUCAUUUUAAAAUGAAAUAAUGUCGCCCCGAUCUUAAAACCCCUCCAUCUACAUGUCAAUACGUGCGCUGUCUCAGGUUAACAAUUAUGCGAUUUCCCUGAGCAAUGGGUCGUUGUAGUAAAUGGUAGGUUACAGUUCUCAUUUUUGUGGCACUGUAAAUGCACAAAUCUUAAGUACUAGCUAAGGCUGGUGAAUAUUAGUAGUGGACCUCUCGGAUUACUUCCCUACUCAAAACUAUGGAUUUUUACUGUACCAUUAUUUGGAAAAAUGAAUUAGAAGUCAUGCCUGUGAACUUAAAUCAGGUUACAGUUCUCAUUUAUGUGAUACUGUAAAUCCACAAUUUUGAAUAGGUUCUGGGCAAGGCUGGGGUAUAUUGGUAGUAGACCUCUACUCUGACUACUCCCAUACUCAAAACGAUACAUUUUUACUGUACCAAUAUUGAGAAAAAUGAAUCAAAAGUCCUACAUGUAUACAGUACUUUGAUCAGGUUACAGUUCUCAUUUUUGUAGUACUAUAAAUCCCCAAUUCUGAAUAGGUUCUGGACAAGGAUGGUGAGUGUGACAAAUGGACCUUUCUGACUACUCCCAUACCAUAGACUUCAUAAUGUAUUGAGGGGACACGAGGUGCGGGGCCUAUCUCCAUCAAAGCUAAGCGAAUGGAAACACAGUCAAAUAGCUUUUUCCAUUGAAAAUUCUUGUGAAUAAAGGAUUAAAUCCCUGAAUUCUUUAUAGAUAUGGUCGUAAAACAUUCUCGAUUCUUGGUUAAAAGCAAAAAAAACUGUGCAGUUAACAUUUAUUUUACGUAUAUAUUGCGAACUAUGAUGCUAAUCAGUAAGCAAAUUAGCGGCCGCCAUAUGUAAACAAAGAGCUUUUUCCGUUGUAAAUUC